UCUGGAACGAACCCAUUCACUCCUGGAAGAUGUUCACGUUUAGGCUGCGGCUGGUCUCUCCCUCACGCCACGGGGAGUGAAGACGGAGGUCAGGAUGCUUUCUUCUUUCCCUAUAAGGUCGUCCGUCUUCUUCUCUUGUUUCUGCCCAUAUUCUCUCAACAGACUCGUCAAUACUCUUCCGCAAUCUCUGAUACCAGUCACCCUCUGUUUCUUUCCUCGCAACGUCGCAGAAGCAGCCAGUCCAUCAUCAACAGUUGCGAUGGACCAACAAAAGUUCAAGCCCUCAUCAGCCUUCAGGAAUCCAAGUGCCAGACGCCCGAAUGGAUUAGGCGUCCACGGCAAUCAAAUUCAACCUACUCCAGGAGCAGCCGCUCUAAUGACUUCCAUCAUCCCUGCACCUCCACCCGCAGCCCUAUAUCCUCGGCCCGCACAAGCUCCCCCAGCCAACUCCAAUCUGAUCAUGCCUCAUCAAGAACGCAGCAGCUACUUGGCGACGAUCGGGGAGUUGAAGAAGCAGUGCCAUCGUAACGCUGGUCAGAGAGCAGCAGCGAGAGCAAAUCCAGCAACAGCAUACACAGCACCAACGAGAUAUCAACGCUGUGCACCGUGAGCGCGCCGACGAGUUGAAACAACUGUCUCAAAAGCACCUCGAAAAUGUCGAUGCGAAAUUGUCGGAGUGGGAAGGAAAGUGGAAUGCUCGCAUUGAGACUGAACGCCAGGAGGAGGCAAACCGGCUCGCAGCAGCAGAGACAAAGGCCAGAGAGGCCACGAAGGAGGCUGAAUCGGUGAAAAGAAGGGAGGGGCGCUUGAGAGGGGAGAUCGAUCGGCUCCAGGAGGAGUUGAGGAAGGCACUCCGUGUGUCUGCUCAGGUGGGCUUCGGGGACAGCAAUGGCAGGCAGGGACAUCAA